GCUCUCACAACCUUACGAAGUCCUCCCAAAACUAUAUCCCACCACAUGGACUCACCAAUUAUUUCCCAGUUGUUCAGACAGCUGUUCAAGCAUCGCCCUUGUCAUUCCCAUUCGUCGCUGCCAUUUCGAAUACAUAGUGCGCGCCGUACACAAAUCAGAUGCCUGGCCGACAGAAGAGGGAGGACGGUGGAGACAAGUCGCAAUGAGAGUAAUUGGCAGCAGAGGACGAAUAUCUUGCCACAGGAUAAGUCGGAGGAGUACUCGAAGUACCCUAUGGUAACUUCGGAGCAGUUGAGGUUGAGGAAAGAAAGGCCUAAGCGGGUGAAGAUGCUCACAAGGGAUUUUAUUGAAGAUUCUCUAUACAACCCGUCAUACGGAUACUUUUCAAAACAAGUAGUCAUCUUUACCCCGGGGGAGCCAUUUGACUUCAACAACCUCCAAGACGAGCCCGAAUUCCACCGCCUCUUGGGACAGCGGUAUACCGAAUUUGAGGAUAAAUUGGAUGAGAAGGAACCCAAUGAGACUCGGCAGCUGUGGCACACACCUACAGAGCUCUUUCGACCAUAUUAUGGAGAAGCGAUUGCUCGGUACCUUGUGGCCAACUACAAGCUGUCCCAAUACCCGUACCACGAUCUCAUAAUUUACGAAAUGGGUGCCGGAAAUGGUACCCUGAUGCUCAACAUCUUGGAUUACAUUCGAGACGCCGAGCCAUCAGUCUACGAGAGAACGCAGUACAAGAUCAUAGAGAUUUCCUCCAAUCUUGCGAAACUGCAAUCACAUCAGCUUCUACGAACUGCUGAUUCAAAGGGACAUGCCUCUAAAGUCCAGAUCAUCAAUAAGUCGAUCUUCGAAUGGGACCAAAUGGUUCCCUCACCAUGUUACUUCCUGGCAAUGGAAGUCUUCGAUAAUUUUGCUCACGACGCCAUCCGCUAUGAUCCUAUAACAGAAGAGCCUUUGCAAGGAACCGUAUUGAUCGAUGCUCAAGGUGAUUUCUACGAGUUCUAUGUCCCACAAAUCGACCCCGUGGCGUCACGCUUCCUGCGUGUGAGGCAUGCGGCCACUGGGGGACGUUAUCCUCACCCCUUGUACAAGAACCAGCUAUUACGCAAACUUAGGAACAAUAUUCCAUUCGCGCCUAAUCUCAGUCACCCGGAAUACAUCCCUACCAGGUUGAUGCAAUUCUUCGAUAUCUUGGGAAAGUAUUUCCCCGGUCAUCGAUUGUUGACCAGCGACUUUCAUGAUCUACCGGAUACGAUCAAGGGAGUCAAUGCACCAGUGGUCCAGACGAGAUAUCAAAGGCGAACUGUGCCUGUUUCCACUCCUUUUGUACAUCAAGGAUACUUUGAUAUCCUAUUCCCAACAAACUUCAACGCCAUGGAGCUCAUGUAUAGAGCAAUCACAGGCAAGCUGACGAGAGUAAUGUCGCACGAGGAGUUCUUGAGGAGAUGGGCCUAUGUGGAAGAGACAGAAACGAAGAAUGGAGAGAAUCCGCUCCUGUCCUGGUAUAAGAACGCCAGUGUUCUCUUAACUGUAUGAAGUCGAUACACAAUAUACCAGGAGUUCUAUCUGCUGCUUGUUCC